CUUCAACCUUUCAUUUCUAAGUCCCAAUCUUUUAGGGCUUCCUUCAGAAUCAAUGUGGGUUGGAAUUUCAAUCUGAACUAAUGGAACUGAUGCCUGUUCCAAGCAAUUGGAUUGCCCCCGUGUUGGAUUUUGAUUUCAAUUCUGUAACUCAGCUUUAAAAACCCGUUGUGUAGAUUGUUUCUGGGAACUAAAUGUGCAUCAGCUGGGCUGGGAAUGGGGUCAACCGUAGAUCCCGGUCCAAUUGAUAAAUCUGUGCUUUAUGAUCAAGAGAACCACAUUUCUUCAGCAAUUUGGGAAGGGCAGGAGCGUAGUGUACUUAGAUGUCAUGAACACACAUCGAUGCUUGAGCAAUGGAAGCUUACACCGAAGCAAAUCGAGUUAGUUGAGAAGGCUGGUUUUGGAUAUUUUAGAAUGAUUCCAACAAUUAGCCUUGACAAUGCGCUUAUCUCGGCGCUUGUUGAAAGGUGGAGGAGGGAGACAAAUUCGUUUCAUUUGGCUGUUGGAGAAAUGACCAUAACACUUGAAGAUGUUGCACUCAUACUUGGGCUUCCAAUUGAUGGAAAACCUGUUCUGGGGGUAACUAGGCCACCUGGAAAUAUGUGUGAAAAUUUGCUUGGCGAAGUACCUGGAGACCUAACUGGCGGGAUGUUAAAGCUAACUUGGUUGAAAGAGAGGUUUUCAACAUGCCCUGAAGAUGCACCUAUCAACGAGAUUGAGCGUCAUACACGUGCUUAUCUACUAUAUCUUGUUGGUUGUACUAUAUUCUCUACAACAACUGGGAAUAAAGUCUCUGUCAUGUAUCUCCCAUUAUUUAAGAAUUUUGAUGAAGCUGGAAAAUUUGCAUGGGGUGCUGCAGCGUUGGCAUUUCUCUAUAGAUCUCUUGGUAAUGCCUCCCUUAAAUCACAAAGCACCAUAAGUGGUUCUUUGACACUCUUGCAGUGUUGGAGUUAUUAUCGACUCAAUGUCGGCAAUCCAAAGUUUAAUAAGGAGCCAAAUGAUGAUUUCUUUCCAUUUGCACUUCGGUGGAAAGGUAGAGCUACUGGACCAAGAUCAAACAGCAAUAUUGGUACCUACCGCAAGGCCUUGGAUUCUCUUCAACCUUCAGAUGUGAACUGGCUUCCGUACAAAGAUUUGUCUUUUUCGCCGAACCUGGAUGAUUUUAGUGAGAGUUUGAUAUUACAGACAUCAAAAACUGUGCUGAUAUGCUUUGACAAGGCUGAAAGACACCUUCCUGAUCGUUGCCUGAGGCAGUUUGGCAUGCUCCAACCCAUACCCAAGGAUGUUCAACAAUGGGAGAGGAAAAUUAAGUGGUCUAAUAAUGGGGUAGACGUGACAAAGCAAACGAAUUUGCAGCUUAAAGGGAAGAAUCAAGCAGAGCUGAAGGAGUGGAUAGAUCGUCGACUUCAUAUCAUUACAGAUGAGGAAAAUGUGGAUGAAAGUAUGUACAUGGAGUGGUAUGAGAGAAUUACUCGGAGAUUUGUGGGAAGGCCUGAAUCUUUAGAAUCUGAGUUUCAGAGAAUAGUUACUGCUAUGAGAGAAAUUGCAGAUAUAGCUGAUUCAUUAUCAAAUGGCGUGAUGGGUUUCCAAGAUAAGCAAUCCCUCGAUGAGAUCAAGAACACUGCACUUAAUAGCCUGAUGGAUGUGGUUGAAGACUCAAAGAGGAGUAGACGUAAGAUAGCCACAAAACGUAAAAGGGACGAUGAUCCAAGUCCAAAUAUUAGCAAGGAGGUAAUGCUUGAUGUUUGGAUGCACUGACCGUGAGAUAAAUAACUGCAUCAGUUUUAUCAACUUUGACUUCUGGAAUCAAGAUGCCAAGAAGAGUCUCUGUUCUACCAUACGGAUGUGUUAUUAGCAUUUGUAGGCAAUAUGUCCAAGCAAUGAGAACCUGCAGGCAUAUGUGCAAGGACAUUUCCAGUAUCAUCAUUCAUUCCAUUUAUCAAAGAGACUAAUAGUUGCCAUUAAUUUAUUACCUUGAGGUGUAGUCACGGCUACUAUGCUGGGCGAUAUAUUUGUCAAUACCCUGCAAUACAAGCAACGAGGAGCUAUUUCAGAUUGAAUCAUGUAAAUUGAAUUUUGUUCUACAUGAUAUUAUCCAAAUAUGAGCAUGUAUUUGUAUUCUUGUAAGUUACCCUGCAACACUGAAAGGAUCACGGCGGCCAUUUGAGAAGAUGAUGUUACUGGCAAACUUUUCCAAGGUCAUCCUCAUAUGCUACAUUACGGAAA